AUGGAGACACCAAAGUCCGAGUUGUUAGAAGCAGUUCCGCUCUCCAGUUCUCUUCAUGAUGCACUACGGUACCUCCAUGACCAUCCGUAUCCUCAUGUUCCCAAUCCGCCAGCAUGCAAUAAACGCGCCUCCGUGGCCCUCGUCCUUCGAGUCCGACCUACGCAUAACCACUGGCCCGACUCGCAACACUCGUCUAUCACUCCGCAAGAGAACAAUACUGCGUCAGUCAAGCAACGCUUGAAUACUUUUUUCUCUCAGGACUGGGUUCAGAACGGCGAUCCCGAGGCUCUCUUCAUCAAACGAGCUUCCCGUGUGGGAGAUCGCUGGACUGGCCAUGUUGCUCUACCUGGAGGAAAGCGUGAUCCAGAAGAUGCAGACGACAAAGCUGCUGCUAUUAGGGAAGCAUCAGAAGAAGUAGGACUCGACUUGACGGCGGAUGAGUAUAUAUUUGUGGGGAAUCUACCGGAGCGUGUUGUAUCUACUGGUUGGACCUCCGUUCCCUCAGCUGCUGAUGGCGUUGAUCCAAGUUUAAUGGUUCUUUGCCCUUAUGUUUUCCUUCUAACAUGCAGUGAUUCUCCGACCCUCCGACUACAGCCAACAGAGGUUGCUUCAACCCACUGGGUACCUCUUAGUGCUCUCCUUUCUCCUUCGCAGCGCACGGUGGAGUAUGUCGAUAUAUCGCAGCGCUAUGCGAAAACGUCUGGAUUUAUCACCCGUCUUACUUAUCGGUACAUCUUGGGCCUUAUGGAGUUUUCUGCUGUCCGGUUAAGGCCGACUGAAAGUCUUUGGUGCAAUCCGUCGUUUGGAUUUGCCGCUAUAGACAGCCGAGGACCGUCUCCUCUAAUGCAACGAUUAAAGGCGUGGUUCUUUGGCAACCGACCUGAUCCUGAGGACCAGACUCAGCCCCUUCUUCUAUGGGGGUUGACUCUCGGUAUUCUAGCUGACUUUUUAGAUAUGCUCCCGCCUCACACAGCUGUGCAGCUGUGGGAGUACCCUACGUUUACCUUCCCCGACCUACGCCUGAUUACCAGCAUUCUAACUUAUCGCCUACGGAAAAGCAACAAGCUCCAGGCCAAGUCUAGACCUCAACUAAGCAACACAGCGGUUGACAGUCAAACAUCUGGUGUGAGUGUAACCAGUAAUGAUGAUGCAGCGGAAGCGAGCCAUUUUCAUAAUGAAGUUGGCAUCGAGGGGCUAGGAGUUGGCAGGGACUAUGAGUCAUCUGAAACCAAAGAGUUGGAACGGGAUACACAUGCUAUUGGUAUCAUGCUUAAAGGUUAUUAUGCUAAACUCAGAUUUGCUAUCCAGAUUUUCUUGGCGUGGCGAGCUGCUAUAGGUUCCUUAGCUGUGUUGUACACAUGGAGACUAUUCCGACGCCGAAAAUGA